GCUCUGAGCUGCACCGACUCGAGCGGCUCGCUAGCUUACGUCACAUCCGGCCGAGCCCACCUUGGACCGCUGCGAGGUACGGCUCGCCUUUCCGCGCCCUGACUCUGCGUCUAGGGGACGUCUUCAGUUGGAGCACCCAACGCGAGGAGAGUCCCGUGGGCUCACGCGUGCUCACGGAAUCUCCCCCGCCCCGAGUGGCGCGGUCUGGCCUGCCCUCGGCGCCGCUCGAGUUAACUCGCUUUUCCCCACGGGCCGGAGGCGCCCGUCGGGACCCCUUCGGGAGCUGUGGCGGUUUGCUUUAAACGUGCGUUUUCCUGGAGUGGAGUUGUGCCUUCACGCUUCUGUGCACUUGGCUUUCCUUUCUUGGAGGGCCUGCCCGUGUCCCCCUCCCCCCGCACCCCCCACCUGUUCCCGACCUCGUCGCCCCAGGGCGGGCUGCAGGUCCUCGGUCUCUGGCGACUCUUAGCAUUAUUUGCAUGCGGUAAUUUCACGUGUGCUAGUUUCUCGAAAGUUCUUUUUUUCUAAAGAUCCCAGGGUGUGGAGCCCUGCUGAGCACAGUGAUCUGACAGUCCCUUUAAUGACAUCUGUUUAAGUUACAAUCUCAGAUUUCGGUUUUACAAAUGUUAAUUGAAUACUGACGCCUUUCCCAAAGUUUUUAUUUAUUUUGAGAGAAUCCCAAGGAGGCUCUGCACUGUCAGGCAGAGCCUGAGCCUGAUGCGGGCCUCGAACUCCUAAACCAUGGGAUCAUGACCAGAGCCAGAACCAAAAGCCAGAUGCUUAACCGACAGAGCCGCCCAGGCGCCCCUGAAUGCUGACGGUUUAACCCAUUUCAAAAACCAAGUUGAUCAAAGUUACAUUGAACAGAUGGACUCCCAGCCUUGUCCCCAUGUGGUUCCAUCCCUGCUGCUGCCUACCGGUAACCUUAUAUUCGUUUCCCGGCCAUCUUUCCAGUGUUUCCUUAUGCAAGCAUAAGCAAAUACACUUUUACUUCUUUCUCAUGGAAAUGUAGCAGAUUAUAUUGUUGUGUCCUUCACCUCGCACUGCCACCAGCUUAUUAAACGAAUGUGGUGGAGAUUUUUCCUUAUCAAAAAGAACUUCCUCUCUUUUUUCCAGAUAGUAUGGCAUUGUGGAAUGUCCCAUAGUUUAUUUACCGAUGCCCUACUGAUAAGACUUAGGUUAUUUCCAGCUGUUUUUUGUACAGACAGCACUGCACUGAAUAACCUUAUUUAUAUGUCCUACUUGUGUAGGUGAAACUGGAGAGGAAAUUCUCAGAAGUGUGAAUACACUGGAGCAACUCCAUGCAAGUUGAGUGAGUCACUUAGCACUCUCACCAGUAAUGGGUGAGCUCAGUCUUCUAAGUAUGUCAGGUUCUUGACAUUUCAGUUUAGAUGUUAAAAACAUGAUUAUUUUCAAGAAAUAACUUCCAUUCCUUUGUUCGUUCACGAAGCACUUGAAUAGGUUUCAUGAGAUCCUUACAAUGGUGGUGAGCACGGUUUUUGUUUAAUUUUAAGAAUUGUAAGUAGAUUUCUUCAUGCACCACUGCGUUGUGCAAAAAUUUUUGACUAUCUUUAAUCUUUUGGCAUUUGAAAAAGACAUUUGGGGAGUUCUGGAAUGACUUCGUCUUUGACAAUUUGCCAAGGAAGCAGGCAAAAGCCACCCGGUUUUAGUUUUGAGUAUGGUGGGGAAAGAGGCAAGUGGUCAGAUGUGUUUCAAAAAGGUGGGAUUUUAGGUAGUUGGAGGAAGACCCAAGAGAAGAUGGGCUGUUGGGUUCCAGUCCCCAUAGCAUGGGGAGACAGUAAGGAGACAUCCAUGCCGGUGGCCUGCUGUCGUGCGAGGUAGGACAGAAAAAGGGAAAGGCAGAUGGUUUUAGUUAAAGGGAAAGAGGGAAUGAACCUGACUGAGCACUCCUGAGACAUCUGCAUCACCAACAGGAUCUGAAAUCGACCUGGGUCAGUAUCAGUGUUUAUCCAAUGAAUACAUCACACACAGCGUUCACAACUAAAGUAUUACUUUUGGUAGAUUGGAUUAUCUUUUAGAAAUGUUCACUCUCUCCUCUUUGACCUGCAUGAGUGGGGGAUACUCCCUGCCCGUUGACUUUGCGUUUGCCCUUGUUUUCGCUAAUAGAAUGUCAACAGUCGAGGCCCGAUGAAAGUUCUGAAAAGCACUGACCUGCUGAUCAGGCGUGCUCUCUAGGAGUUUUCCGCUGCCGUCGGAAGAGCUUUCCUCCAGGGCCGCUGCUGCCCCUUCAACCCGGGUUUCAGAAUGAACACAGGUGGAACAGAGCUGCCUCGGCCAACCCGCACCUGCACCUGAAGGAGUCACCGUAGCCAAAUGGUGCCCAGUAGCUCAGAUUUUGUUACACCUCAGCUCAGUGAUUCAACUUUAAAAGAUUUAUAAUGAAAACCAGCAGUCUUCUGACUCAGGCCUUCCUACCCCUCAGCCCUGCUUUCCAGAGGCAAAUACUUUCAGCUCCUUAAAUUAUUUCCUGUAGUUCUGUGAAUACGGUUGACCCUCGGACAACAUACACGUGAACUGCGUGCGUCUGCUUGUGCUCGGGUUUUUUUCAAUGGACGCAGUUCAGUACUCUGAAUAUUUUCUCUAAUGAUUUAACAUUUUGUAUUCGCUAGGUUUAUUACAAGGCUACAGUACAUAUAAAAUAUAACAAACAAAAUAUGUUAACUGACUGUUAUCAGGUUUCCCCCAUCAACUGUAGACUAUUAACAGUUAAGUCUUGGGGCACCCAGGUGGCUCAGUGGGUUAAGCGUCCGACUUCGGCUCAGGUCGAGAUCUCGCAGUCCGUGAAUUUGAGCCCUACAUCGGGCUCUGUGCUGACAGCUCAGAGCCUGGAGCCUAUUUCAGAUUCUGUGUCUCCCUCUCUCUGACCCUCCCCCAUUCAUGCUCUGUCUCUCUCUGUCUCAAAAAUAAAUAAACGUUAAAAAAAAUUUUUUUAAAAAAGGAAUUGUUAAAAAAAAAACAAACAGUUAAGUCUUCCCCGGAGUCAAAAGUUACAUGUGCAUUUCUGACUGCCUAAGGGGACAGGGGGUGUCAGUGCCCCUAACCCUUGUAUUUUUCCGAGAGCCAAGUGUAUUUUUAAAUAAUACUCUAAUACUGUUGUUUCUCCUUCUUGGUUUUAGACAUUGUAUAUUGACUUCCUGGAAAACAUACUUUCCAUUUGACAGAUGCAGAGGUUGAGGGUCCGGAGGGGUGAAAUGACUGUAAAAGGUCCUGCAGAACCUUGGUUAAAUUCUCAUACCAAAUUUCACACUCUGCCACCAUAAACUCUUAUCAGUAUUAGUAGGUCCACAACACUCAUGACACUCUCUUAACUUUCUAGUUCAUACCUAUUUCGCAUCACACAUUUGCAGAAUAAAACAAAAAAAAAAUUAAACCAUUCACAAAAAAAUAAUUGCUCUAUUACUGGUAGCGAAGAGGCCUCCUAAUUAAGUCCUUUAUUUCCGGGCAGAAAAACCUCAUUCUAUUCACUUCUUUUAUUCGGUAUUUGACAAGUCUUUAUGCACAAAUACCAGCUAAAGGACUGGCUGUUUUCAAGGAGCUUAAAAUCAGUUUCAAUUUAUAGCAGUUGCAACAUUUAAUUAAAAGAUACUGUUCCGCCUUGCUGAGCUCAAAAUCCAACAAUGGAGAAAUGAUGUCGAUAAUGUUAGUGACGGAGUUCAGGACAUGCUAUCUCCAAAUAUGUCACGUUGGCACAUUAUUUUGACUUAAAGGCAUUUUUUGUUUUUUAAUUUUUUUUAACUUUAUUUCUUUUGAGACGGGGAGAAAGCAUUUGAGCACAGGUCGGGGAGGGGCAGAGAGUGGGAGAGAGAAUUCCAAGCAGGCUCCACAGUGUCAGUUUAAGCCCACAAACUGUGGGACCAUGACAUGAGCCGAAGUCAAGAGUCGGACGCUUAACUGACUGAGCCACCCAGGCACCCCGAGUUACAGGCAUUUUUGUAAACAACAGGUGCAAGAAAGGUGCUCAGCUUCCCAUUUUUUCUUCCUGAAAGCGGAAGGUGAAAUCCCAGCACCAGGAGGAAAGAAACCUCGUCAGAGAGGAACUUGAGUCUGGAAGAAUUUUCACACAGAGACCUUAAAAUAACUUCCUUGAGCCUUCCCUGUUUUAUUUUAGUUGCUUUGCCACAAUAGCCACAAUUGUUCAACCCCGUAUGUAAACAUUUAGCUUUUGUCCCUUCUUUGUGUCAUUUUCUCAUGAAAGCCCCUGGGUCAUGUAACACACUAAGUUUGUGUACUUUUGUCCUGUUAACCUUUUUUUGUGAAUUUAGUUCUCAGGCUCUGCCAGAGAGCCUAAGGAGGCAAAACUUUCGCCUGCCCAACGUUAACAGGCCACCAGUGGCCAUUCUGAUCCUAAUUCCAAAAAACAACUCUCCCCCAAAUUAGCCUGAUCACCAUAAAUAGCAAAGAAACUGCUGCCAGGUUUUCAUGCCUCAUAUUUCGCAUCUCAUCUCAGUAAAAGACUCUUUCUAUUAAUGUGAAUGUAUCUUUUAUGUCACUGAUAGUACCUAUUUAGCAUUUUGUCUUUUGUUUACUUAUUAUGUGUCUUCCUCUAAUCCUGUGAACUCAGUAGGACCUUCCUGUCUCGGUCCAUAGCAUCUAUCACAGUCCCUGGCACACAGCCGGUGCUCAAUACUUGCUAAGCAUUAUCUUAACUUCACCUAGAUGUUCCUUGCUUUGACUAUCGCUGUAGGCUAACACUUUGUAAUACAACACUACAGUUAACAACGUGGCUCCAACCAAUUUCUGAUCCCUAUUUUAAUCUUAGUCUCCACGUCUAAUUCAUUUCACCGCACAGCGAACAGGAACUUUUAUGGACAGUGGAUAAGCCCACUUAGUGUACGUGGGGGCACCCACGGUGAACACGUUUUGGCAAGCUUUGGCACGCCCGCGUAGUGCUGUGGAUCCGCUGGCUUCGGCCGCGCGCGCCCAUGUAGGAGAUGACAAUCAACAGAAGUUCCCUCUAACUGGAAUGCCAUCUGCUUCCCACGCCAGCCUUUCAAGCCUUUCUCCAUCCUGCAAAACCCCGUUCCCUUGUCAAGCGCUCCAGGAGAAGAGACAGAGACAGAGAGCAAGCAGGAGAGGGGCAGAGAGAGAGGGAGAAUCCGAAGCUGGCUCCAGGCUCUUGAGCUGUCGGCACAGAGCCCCAUGCGGGGCCCGAACCCACGCACGCGAGAUCAUGACCUGAGCCGAAGUCGGAGGCUCCAUCGACUGAGCCAUCCAGACAAGUUGGCUUUUUAAAUAUUUGGUGACACUGGGCAGCCUACCCGGGUUCUCCGUGCUCCGGUCCUCUCAUCUGUAAAGUAGGGACAGAGGCUGUUGGAAGAUGCCUGAAUGUACUCUGAUGGUCUGGAAAUGUUUAAAUGGGUGGUGAAGACACAUAACUCGUAAAUUACUAUCUGUUUGCUCCAUACAAUUUCUUUCUCUUGCCUUCAUUUCACUUGUUGAGAACUUCACAUAAUCCGUGCUUUGCUGACAGUACUGACUUGAAGGAGUAAAAGAAUAAAAUAUAAUUGUACUCAAAGAACACAGACUUUAUAUGCGUGUGAUGUAAAUUGUAAAUGUGAAUAUGCAGAAUUUUUCAAUUCAAAUUAUUUUUUGUUUUCGAAAAGUUAUUCUACUAAAAGCUUUAAAGUUAUUAAAAUAAAAUUAUAAUUGAUACAUGUCAAAUAUCUAAAAUUAUUUAAAUAUAUCUGAGGCUUUUUAUUUUUGAAAUGUAAUUAAAUUCCAUUAAAUAUUUUUCACAGAAAUUUAAACCUCUGCAAUUCUGAGGUUCAAUGUCCUUCUUGUUGAUUUUAGUAAAGAACCAAUAUUAAAAUUCUUUUCUUAAAAAUGUUCAUUUAUUUAUUUAAGUAAGCUCUGUGCCCAACAUGGGGGCUCUGACUUCGGCUCAGGUCACAAUCUCACGGUUCGUAGGUUUGAGCCCCGUGUCGGGCUCUGUGCCGACAGCUCGGAGCCUGGAGCCUGCUUCGGAUGCUGUGUCUCCCUCUUUCUCUGUCCCUCCCCUGCUCGCGCUGUCUCUCUCUCUCUCUGCCUCUCUCUCUCUCAAAAAUAAAUCAAACAUAAAAAAAAAUAAUACGGGGGGCGCCUGGGUGGCGCAGUCGGUUAAGCGUCUGACUUCAGCCAGGUCACGAUCUCGCGGUCCGUGAGUUCGAGCCCCGCGUCAGGCUCUGGGCUGAUGGCUCGGAGCCUGGAGCCUGUUUCCGAUUCUGUGUCUCCCUCUCUCUCUGCCCCUCCCCCAUUCAUGCUCUGUCUCUCUCUGUCCCAAAAAUAAAAUAAAAACGUUGAAAAAAAAAUUUUUUUUUUAAAAAUAAAAAAAAAAAUACGAAUUAAUGUUGCAAAGGCUUCCUCAGACUUCGUGUGCGACUGUUACAAAUCCUGUGCUGAUUCACAAGGACUUUCAGAACUACAGGAACAUAAAUAGGACCAAGAAGAUGGACACUUGGGACUUCUGGAAACUACACUGGCCACAAUAUUCUUGCAAAAUAAUAGAUUAUGUGGGAAUCGGUUACGUGUCAGGUAUUCGAGACGGAUUUGGCUUUGCUGCUCGCAGCACGCUGGGGCUCACUGUGUCUGCGCUCUGAGGCUAGUCGCCCAGCAUGGGGAUGCUGUCGCCAUGUGAUUCUACGCCCUAGACCGAGAGUGGUGGGGAAGUGUUUAUCUUGAUGAGCUCAGAUAGUGUGUGCAUCAGGUGAACUACAGAAUCUGCCCAUGACGGUUUUUAUCAAAGAAGAAUGUGGUGACACGAACAGAGGACAAUUCCUUAAACACCGGAAUCAAGCUGUGCGGAGCCUUCAGUGGAUUAAUUCUGAAAAUGGUGGAUUUUGUGUAACAUGAGCUGGUCAAGCUAGCCUUGAGAAUCUUUUCUCUAGGUAAAGACUUUUGUGUCACUGGCGCCGCUUGAAACAGGGAGCUAACUGCUGUGCUGGGAAAUGACAGACGUCACUUUUCAGAGGAGGCAGUGUGUCUGCCCACAGACUAUCCAGAACGUAGCUCCGUGAGCAGCACUGAGUUAAAUGAAAAUACAGUCCAGUUAAAUGUCAUGCUGCAGUGUUAAACCCAGAGCACCACAUGUAAAUGAGGAGGUCACCUGGUUAGAUCGUGACUUUGAAAGUGUUAGGUGAUCAGCAGUGUCAUUUUUAUGCGGUAUGAAACUCCCACGGGGCGAACUCUGAUGAAGUCGCUGCAGGGGAUCCCACAAUGACCACAGGUAUGCACCCGGGAACUGAAAACCUGCUCGUACAAAAACGUGUACACAAAUAUUCAUGGCGACAUUAUUCAUAGUAGUCAAAAGUGGAACAAUUCAAAUGUCCAUCGACUGAUGAAUGGCUAGACAACAUGCGGACCUCAGUGCGGCGGAAUAUUACGCAGCUGUGAAAAAGAAUGAAGUCCUGAUACACGCAAGGACUGCCGUUCUAAUAAUGAUGAUGAUAUCAACUCCUGGGGGUCUUCUGAGGACCGUAUUCAUUAAAGGGCUUAUGCAAUGCCUGGUACAUCAGUGCACUCAAUGAGUUACAGCUAUAGAAUCAUCAUGAUUAUACAGCUCUCCUCAAGAGUCAGAACCUCGCAGCUCUGAAGAUCAAGGAGUGGAAAGUUCUUCACCAGCCCUGAGAUCUCAAGAGUGGUAUUUGCGAAACCAGCUACUUUGACUAAAAUCCUUCUGGAAUCUGCCUUGCUUGUAUCCCAUCUAUGCAAGACUUCAUCAUGGGCAGUGGCUAUUACAACAUAUUGGCUACCGUGUUGCUGGUCAUGAAUUUUGAGAGGACGAGACCAAUGCAGGAUUCUUGUAGCAAAUGCCCAGCAGGUACUUUCUGUGAGAAAAACAAGGAUCACAUCUGCAUUGCUUGCCCUUCAAAUAGUUUCUCCAGCACCAGUGGACAGAGGGCCUGUGACAUAUGCAGGCAGUGUGAAGGUGUUUUCAGGACCAAGAAAAUGUGUUCCCCCACCAGCAAUGCAGAGUGUGAGUGCAUCUCAGGAUUCCACUGCUUGGGGGAAAGAUGUACCAUGUGUGAGCAGGAUUGUAAACAAGGUCAAGAAUUAACCAAAGAAGGUUGUAAAGACUGCUGCUUUGGGACAUUUAAUGAUCAGAAACAUGGGACCUGUCGACCCUGGACAAACUGUUCGUUGGAUGGCAAGUCUGUACUUGUGAACGGGACGAAGGAACGUGAUGUGCUAUGUGGACCAGCUUCGUCCGACUUCUUUCCACCUGCAACCUCUGCCACCAUACCCGCCCCUGCAAGAGAUCCAGGGCCUACCUCCCAGAUCCUCGUCGUCUUCCUUGCGCUCACGUCAGCUGCCGCGCUGUUCCUGGUGUUCCUUCUGGCUCUCUGUUUCUCUAUUGCUAAACACAGCAGAAAGAAACUCCUGUACUUACUCAAACGACCGUUUAUGAGACCAGUACAAACCGCCCAAGAGGAAGAUGCCUGUAGCUGCCGAUUUCCAGAAGAAGAAGAAGGAGAGUGUGUUCACACUAUUCUGUGAAGCAGCCGCUGGGACUGUCUUGAGAAGAAUCAGCACAGAAACAUGAGUGAUCCCUCUAUCGUAGCUUUCUAAAUCGAAAAAGACCAUCCUAGAUAAGACUCAGGAUUACCCCCCAAGUUUUCUCAGAAUGCUAACAGGUUGGCCUUUAAAAAAUGUAUCCCUUUUAAGUGGAUGUGUGGGACCGGGGCAUUUUCUAGAUAAUGUUUAAUAGCCUUGAGAUGCUUUCUUUUCUUUUCUUUUCUUUUUUUGUUUUUGAAUUCUAAAGAGACUUAUACUUCAAAUGAAAUCAUGUGGGCCAAUGGUCCAGCUAAAAUGAUAAUCAAAUUUAAUUCCAUUUUGUGUGUGUGUGUGUGUGUGUGUGCGCGCUAAUAAGACAAAAAGCCAUAAGAUGCAGGAAAUACCCCCAACCGAAUCUUCCUUUGGUUCAGACAUUCGACACAAUGAGCUCUACUAAUGUGAGGAGGGAAAUUAUGACAGGGCCCAAAUUUGAGGUCAAGGGCAAAAUAUCUCAGACCUUCAGGAAGAGUUUUGGAAAGAGUUCGGAUGUCUUUGCACAUCUUGUGGUCCCCUCCACCCUUGUGUCUUCUGCUUUGUGACUCUCCUCUCCGAGACAGGGUUUAUGUUUUGUUGUUGUUGUUGUUGUUUAAUGUUUUUUUUUUAAUUUACUAGUGAAGUGUAAUUGACAAGCAAUGUUAUAUUCGUUUCCAGUGUAGAACAUAGUGGCUCAAUUCUGUACAUUACUCAAGCUCACCACGAUUAUAAGUGUAGUCCCAAUCUGUCACCAUAGGAUGUCAUUACAGUGUCAUUGACUGUACUCCCUGUGCUAUACUCGUCAUCCCUGUGCCUUAUUUAUUUUACAACUGGAAGUUUGUGUCUCUUGAGCCCCUUCAUCUGUUUUGCCCAUUAAAAAGAAUUGGCUUAUGUGUUUUUAAUUCUUAAAACCAUUAAACAUAAUAUUUGAUAUACUAAUCGAGGAAACGGGUAGGAAUGAACAAUUCUAGAAUGAACACCCGUGAGCCCGUAGCCCAACCAGGGUCCGAGAGCAGAAGUUGCCAGACCCCGAAGGACCAAAUCUGAGGCUUUGUAUGGCUUCUGAGCUAAACGUGAUUUUUACAUGUUUAAAUUGUGAAAAACAAAUCAAAAUAAGACUAAUAUCUCAUGACAUGUAUGUAUGUAUGUAUGUAUGUAUGUAUGUAUGUGAAGUUAAAAUUUCGGAGUCCAUAAAUAAAAUUUUAUGGGAACACUCAGCCACACUCAGGUGGCUUUUGCAUCACAACAGCAGAGUUGAGUAGUUGUGCAAGAGACUGUAUGGUCUCUACAGAGCCUAAAAUAUGUAACAUCUGACCCUUUAUAGGGUCAGGGUCAAGGUCAGAGCAUCCUCUCCGUGUUGCUUUUCCUCCCUCAUCUUCUGCCUACCUCUCCACCUCACCCCCAGGCACCGUCUCUCAGGAACAUCAAUUCGAUCGAUUCCCUUGCUUUAAAAAAAAUCAUUGCUCACAUAUGUAUGUACUCCAAAACUACGUUAUUUAGUUUCGCUUGUUUUUUAGCCUUAUGACAAUGAUAUUACACUGUAUGUGACUUGGUUUAAUCACUCAAAGUUCUAUUUAUAAGAUUCAUUCAUAUAAUUGUGUGUAACUAGAAUGCAUUCAUUUUAACGAUUGUAUAAUUUUGCAAAUAUACCAUAAUUUAUCAAUG